UAUUUGGAGGUUACGAGAGCUUUCUUGAGGAAAAAGCCCUUAAUGACGGCGACUCUGCGUUGAGCUAUGUCAAGGAUCCAACAAACGCAAUUUCUUCUUCUUCUUCCUCAUUUCUCUCUCUAGGGCAUCUUUCUAGCAUCAAUAUGCCGUCAUUCACAAAGGUUGUAUGGGAGACUUUGCUCGAACCUGUAGUUCAAGAUUCUCACAAGUGUUUUUUCAAAAAAUCCGAUGAUGUAGCUAGUAAUGAAGAGAGGGAGGAUGUUAGAUCGACGAAACAUAUAUACAUAUCACCUGCUCUGUAUGCGACUCCGUUGCCGACUCCGAUUCCGGAUUGUACCUCCGAUCCGUCAUCGCCUUCACCUUACAUCGUUAACCAUAAGAGACGCGGAGGUAAGGUGUUUUCUCUUCGUUCCGAUGGUUCUGAUGAGAAGAAAUUGGAAAGUGAGAAUGAUGCGGUUAAUGUGGUCGAGGAAUCGUUCGAUCAGGAAUUUCUAGGGCAGGAGGAGAUUGUUCUAGAGAGAAAUGAGGUGUAUGCUAUUGAGGAUGAGUUAUUUGAUUCUCGUUGCGAACAGGUUGGCACUUCUAGUUGUAGUGAGGUGGAUGAUUGUGGAAAGCAAAUUGACAAUCAGAGCCUUGUAUCUUAUCAGGGGGAAUUCUUCGACGCUAUUGAAGAACUGUCAAUGGAUGGGUCUACGUCUAGUAUAUCCUUUUCCUAUGUCCCAAAACUGGAAUCAGAACUACGUUUCUCAAGGAUCAGUCUUCUGGAGGAGAUCGAGAGGCGAAAGAAUGCAGAGGAUGCUCUUAAUCGAAUGUAUAAACAGUGGGAGAGGCUAAGCACUAUGGUAUCUGAAGCAGGGGUAUCAUUUCCUCCAUUAACAGAUGCAAGCAGUUUCAAGUUUGACGAAAGUUCGCUAGAGCAGUUACAUCAGGAAAUUGUAGUUGCUAGAUUUGUUUCUGAAGCAAUAGGACAUGGCAUGGCUCGUGCCAAAGCUGAAGUAGCUGCGGAAGAGAUGAUACAAUCGAAAGACCAUGAGAUCACCCGGUUGCGAGACCGCCUGCAAUACUACGAAGCAGUUAAUCGCGAAAUGUGCCUGAGGAAUCAGGAGAAUAUGGAGCUUGCUAGGAAUCAACGACAAAGAAAAAGGAUCCAGAGGAGGUGGCUAUGGUGGGGUUGUGUAGGUUUAGUCGUGUCUGCGGGUGCUUCUGCAAUCGGUUACUCGUACCUACCUCAACCGCAGGACAGAAUCAACUCAACGGAAUAGUGUUACGCCGACAUAUCUUUUAACAUUUUCACCUUUUAGAACUUAGGGUUUUCUGAUGAUGAUUCUAAAUUUCUAAUCAGCAUAGUGUUUCUUCCUGUUGUAUCUUUUUCGGCUUGUAAGAUGGGCAUUGCCUGUUGUGACUAAUACUCAGGAAUGAGCAAUUGCUAAUUACCAGUGACGAUGGUUGUUGUUGAACAUAAUAUAUAUUUGCGA